UGUUCGUAGCCCUACCGUGCAGCUAAGGUCGAGGACGACUGCUUUUUGUUGUGUCUGCUGCAGUUUGAGGGAGGACAUGUUGGUUCUCGUUUGAAGGAGCACAACGCGAGGCCCGACGGAAGCGAGGCCGGAUUCUUUCGAUGCUGCUACAUCAGAAGGAUGGGAGUUGCUCCAAAAAGAGCCAUGAAGAGGAAAUGGCAACAGAGGAGGCUCGGUGCCUGCCGAGGAGGGAAGUAGCUUUCGGGGUAAUGAGCAAAGCGUGAACUUGUUAACUGGGUCUGUUCUCUUUGACCUUAAUUUAAACUGAGGAUUAGCUCUCUCAUCAGAGUUCUUGGUGAAAAGCCAAGGCUUGUUUUGCCUCGAGCAAAUUCUAAAGGAGGAUUGAGAAGGAAGCUAGCUGCUCAUUCCCUCGGAGAAAGCUUUUUUUGUGCAUAUUUCCUUUUGGCAAGGAACUUGAAGCGAUUAAAAAGUUAAUUUAGUUGGACCGACUUCAAGAAGAGAGGCGCACCGCAUUUACACUUCCUGCCGUAAUGGAUUUGUAUCGGUUCUAUAGCUCAGCCCGGGAGCGUGCUGUUUAUCUACCUGAAUCCAGCGCAUCAAAGGAUCCAAGAGUGUAUUGAUGAUCUCCGUCGUCUCGGGCAAUGGAGCUGCGCAAGAGAGUUAAACUCAGAAAGCUGCAACAUCAUCCGGGCCCUCCGCGAGAUGCUGCAACCGAAGCGCGACGCGGUCGUAACGCGAUGUUGGGGAUGGAGUGGAGCGGCCCGGGGGAGGCUUUUCAGCUCGGACGACCUGGUGCUCAUUCCGGUCCGGGCAUCCUGCCCUGGCGACGGUGCGUCUCCGUGGCGACCGGGCUGUUGUUAGCCGGGCUGGUGGCGCUGACUCAGGCCUGGUGCGUCAACGCCAUACACGAGAAUCUGCUGUGGUUCUCUCAGCUCACGGAGGUGGAACGGGAGAUCUCCUUUCGGACCGAGUGUGGACUGUACUACUCCUACUACAAGCAGAUGUUGCAGGCCCCGUCCAUACAGGAAGGACUCUCGGAUUUGAUCCAUGACAACUUGACAGAAUCCAAGAGGACCAUCAAUCUCCUGCAGCGAAUGAAUAUCUACCAAGAGGUCUUUCUCAGUGUUCUCUACAGACUGUUGCCCAUACAGGCCUACCUGGAGCCAGUGUAUUUCUACAUUUACACAGUGUUCUCGCUCCAAGCAGUAUACGUGAUCGCUCUGUAUCUCACGGCAUGGCUGCUGUCGGGUUCCUGGCUGGCGGGCACGCUCACGGGUGUCUGGUACAUCCUCAACAGGGUGGAUACCACUCGUGUGGAGUUCACCAUCUCCCUCAGAGAGAACUGGUCUCUGCCCUUCCUAGCGCUGCAGGUCACGACCAUCACCUGCUACCUCCGGCCUCAGCUCACCGCCUUGCAGCAGAAGGUGGUGGUGUGGUUGAUGUACGUGACAACGUUCUGUUUCUGUCUGACGUGGCAGUUCAACCAGUUCAUCCUGCUGGUUCAGGCGCUCAUCAUCUACACAAUGGACUGUGCCGAAUUCCUGACGACCACACAGGUGACCACUAUGUACCUUGUCCAAGUGUGCAGUCUGCUGAGUGUGUGGCUCCUCCAGUUCUGUAACUCCAUGAUACUGGGAUCGCUGGUCCUGAGCUUCAUCGUAGCCGCACUCGUCAUCAGGCACUUCCAGUCCGGGCUGAAGACGGGAAGCACGCUGGCUCGUCUGGCCAAACUACUUCUCCACAGCACCAUGGUCCUCCUCCUCACCUUCACCAUCAAUUACCUGGCCAAGAAAGCUCUUCAGCUCAGAUCGGACGAACACAUCUUUAAAUUCAUCAAGUCGAAGCUCGCCUUGGGGCCGACGAGGGACUUUGAUGCCAGCCUGUAUCUGUGCGAGGAGGCCUUCGGCUUGCUGCCCCUCGACACACUGGAGCGCCUGGCUGGCACCCUGCUGCUGUACCCCUACGCCCUCACGCUGCUGCUGCUCAGCGCCGUGUUGGCGGCGGCCGCGCUGCAGAACCUCAGACCUAAAGGCGGUUCAGCCGAGGAGAGGAAAGAAGGCGGAGAAGGCGGAGCGGCAGCCUUUCGUCCGGACGUGGCCUACAACCUGUUGCACACGCUGUUCUACGGCCUGCUGGCCUUCAGCACGAUGAGGAUGAAGUAUAUAUGGACCGGUCACAUGUGUGCAGUCGCGGCCUACGGGGUGUGUGGGACGGAGCUGUGGACUCUGCUGCUCAACACUCUACGCUGCAACAGUAAAGUUCUGUUGAGGCUCGUCAGACACGGGGCCCCGCUGCUGCUGGUCGGAUGCCUGUAUUACAAGUUCUGGCCGAAGCUGAUGGAGGAGUUGUCAGAACUGAGGGAGUUUUUUGAUCCAGACACUGUGGAGCUCAUGACCUGGAUAAGCACAAAGACGUCGAAGACGGCGGUGUUUGCGGGCAGCAUGCAGCUGCUGGCCGGCAUCAAGCUGUGCACAGGCAGGGUUCUCACUAACCACCCCCAUUACGAAGAUAAAGACCUGCGGGAGAGGACCAAGCAGGUGUAUCAGGUGUACGCCCGCCAGUCCCCGGAGGAAGUCCACGGCAUCCUGAGGGCCGCCGGGGCCGACUACGUGGUGCUGGAGAACAGCAUCUGUUACGAGCGGCGGCACCGCCGCGGCUGCCGGCUGAGGGACCUGCUGGACCUGGCCAACGGGCACAUCAUGGACGGAGCGGGAGAGAACGACCCGGACCUCGUCCCCGCCGCCCACCCUCGAUUUUGCGAGGCCAUCAAGACGGAGGCGGCGGAGGCCACGCCGGCGGCGUACGGCGCUCUGUUCACCCGAACGUUCCAGAACAAAACCUUCCACGUGUACCGGGUCAAGAAGAAGAAGAGCAAGAAGAGCACCAAGAGCUCGACAGAGCGCGGUGUGACUCAGUAGAGCGGGAGCGGGGGUUUUACAAAGAGAAGAAGAAGAAAAAGAAAAAACGUUGUGUGGGGGGAGAAGACAUAAAAGCAAUCCUCGCUGUUCUUCCGUCUCCUCUCUGCACAGUGCCCAGCUGGGAUCAGGCCCAUUAUUUCCUCUUCUUAUUUGAACACAUGGCUCUGAACCGUGGCGGUGUGGAGGGCUCCUCUCGGAGUCCGGCUCCAUCUCCCGCCUCCCAGCUCCCACUGGGGCACGUCAACGGAGAAACCACGGCGAGGCCUGGAGGCAGCGUCUGGAACUCCUUUAGUUCCUUUAGAAAGAAGUCUGUGACAUGAACUCAAUGCUUUGCUGCUCGUUAAUAUUGUUUAAUCUCACACAAGGUGGGGUGUCGGUAGCAUCGAUCCAAUCUGGAUCUGACGUUAAAUCUAAUCGUCAAAUCUGGAGAAAAAAACGUUCUCAUAUUUUUGUUUGGGUUUUCACACAUUUCAGCAAAUAAUAACAUAAAUAACUAAAAAGUAAAACAUUGCUGAGUCGCUUGUAACUCAACAUGUUGAAAGAAAUCAUGUUUUUUUCUUUUUUACAUAUUUGCUAUUGAGCUCUUCUUUGCCAAUGAAGGUGAAGAUUUGUUGAGUUUUUCCCUCCAUGAACAUAAAUGAUUUUUUGAGAACGUGCAAGUCGCCACUGCAGUUGUGACUUUGUCAGUCAAGUGUAUAAACUAUUUUAUGAGUGAACUAUUUCCCCCGUCGGCUCUCAACUGCUUUAGUGGCUCGUUCUUCGUGGAUGUGUCUGUCUGCAUGCCGUCUCAGGAGCUGUUAAAAUGGUCAAUUUACAAUUUAUAAUGCAAUGAAAACAAUGGAAUUGUGCCAAGAGUUCAGCAGUCGUGCUAUUUGUCCUAAUUGUUUGCAUAACUUAAUUUUUGUGUGUAAAUAAGGGAAGAUUUGUUGUGUUUGAUUUUAGCCGUGAAUGACAGAUUAUAUUUGCAGUAUUAAUAAAGAGUAUUAAUGUUGCAAUACUUGCAGCAGUUGGCCAUCGGCUCAAUCCCCAUUGCGUGACCUCCUUCGGCAAUAGAUGGCGACAUCACAGAUAAUCUUCAUUGAGAUGAAAAGUCUGCCGUUUAAAGCCGCGGACGGGGCAAACCAAAUGUCUUUGUGAAGAGCUAACGGGGGAGCUACUGCAGCGGCAGAGCUCUGCACCGACUAGGUAGCGUUUCUGUUUUCUGUUUUCCGUACCGUGCCGUGUCCUCCUGUUCUGUGUCGUACAUGCUUUCAUUCAACACGGCUUAUUGUAGAGAGAGAGGCGGGAACAAAAAGCUUGCCAACGGGAUCGUUUCAAUUCAGAUUUUUAUGAAGCAUUGGUAGCGUUGUUUCCUGUUUGUCUGCGAACCGUUCCUCUUUUGUGGAGAUUUAUACUUCGACGGAAGAGUUUGAUAGGAGUGCAUCGUGCCAAUCAGCUGAUAAGCUUCUCUAGCUUUCUCCAUUUUGGGCCUUUCUGCCUCUUCUUUCCCCCAAAGGUCAGACGGCUCGCUGUUUAAUGACGUCAGAGGCUCAAAGUUCCCCGAGGUGGAUUUCCACGAUUCCCUUGAAAUUCUCGUGUUUACGCCCCAAAAUACCCGGAGCGGCGAUUUCAGACCGACUCGGGAUCCACUCGCUCAGCCGAGCGUUUAUACUCGGUCCUCUCAAAGUGCCAUGUGAGACGCCGACUCCGUGAGAAUGGAGCAAGCUGGGUUCUCUGGUUGAAAGCUCCAGAAAAAAUAACUUGAACAUUGUGUUGUUGAAUGACUUUCUGUUGUCUCAAAUAAACGUGUUUACGUAUU